AGUAUGUUGUUCUUAUUAUUUGUAAGCAUUGUUUGUGCUGUUAAAAUUCCCAAAUGUUCAAUCGACGGAAAUAGCAUUUACUCUUAUAUCCCAUAUUCAAAAGUAACAGCAUCAUCUGGAGAUAAUCAAUAUGUUGUACAAAUAUGUUCAUCACUACCAGAAUUUGAUAAUGGAAUUAAUGGUGUAGCAAAAAUUGAGAAUGUUUAUUAUUACAUUGCCAAUGUUGAAACACAAAAAAUUUCAACGGAUGUAUUAAAGAAAACAAUUACAUACCAAUAUACGGGAGAGUCUUGUGGUAAAGAAAAUUUUAAAACUACUGUUGUUACAAGGUGUGGACAAACUCAAGCUGCAGUCGUAACACAACCAGACCAUUGUACAAUCAAUUUUGAUGUUAUUACACCAGCAAUGUGUAAAUUUGAUCCAAAGACAGUUGUAACAAAUAAAUUUUUAGUUAUAUUACGAUAUUUGUUUGCAGUCAUAGUUAUUGGUGUUAUAGUAGGAGCAAUUUUUAAUUACUUUAAAACAAAACAACUGUCAACAGAAAUUAUUCCAUUUUACUCUCUUUGGGCAACAAUUUUUGGUGGAUUUUCUGAUAUAAUUUUGAUUCUUAUAAACAAUGGGAGAGCAUCUGUUCCUCGUUUCUAAAUUACUCAAAUUAUUCAUAGAAGA